UGGAUGACUCGGAUCAAGUGUGACCUGGUAGAUGGACUAGACCUACUGGAUGGCUAUAUACUGCUUUGUACUGCUAUGGAUGAGUAAAUAGCUAUGAAGCAGCCAUCCUCAGGCUCAUGCUCUCGGAUCUCCCCCAUGCGACAGGACUGCACCAGCUACUCAGCUACUCAGCUACUCAGCUACUCAGCUACAGCUCAUUCCCUCUCUCUUCCCUCUUUCUCUGCUCUUACACUCCAAGGCCUGCUCCCUGCUCUCUACCCAGCUAUCCCCCCUCCUCUGUACAUCCCCAGGCAUCUAGCUCGAUGCUGCAGAAGUGGAAGCACCGGCUCUCCAUAUCCCCCAAGAAGCAGCAGCAGCAGCAGCAACGAGAGUCCAGCAUCAACAAAGCAGGUCAUGCACUCCAAGACACCCUCGUCACUCCCCUGGCGCAAGCCCAUGUCCGAGUAGACUCUGCCACUGCCAGCAUUAGCAGCUCAGCAGGCGCAUCAUCCACCCAUCACAGAGCCAUGCAGCAGCUCCAUGCAAACGGCAGCAACAUGAGUACACCGACACUUGCCUCUGCCAUCUCCAGUGAGGAAGGGUCUCUCCUCUCUACGCAAUCCAUAGGUCUACCACAGAGUACCGUGGCCAUCACUACAGGACAACUGCAAGAUCUGUAUAAGCGGCAAGGUCCAUUGCGUGGUGUAUCAGCAUGCCCUCAGUCGAUUCAGCCGAUACAACAAGCAGAUGUACCCGAAAAGACUUCAUCGCCCCCUUCAAGAUCAUCUAUGGACAUGGGAGACAACAUGUUUGCGGCACUUGGUCUUCAAUCGGUGGCACAACGCCCUGCGCAGCUCGUGAUUCAAACAACCGUCACCCAGAGUACGAGUCGGAAGACAAAUAGAUCAUUCUACAGCAAUGACGAUAAAGUGAGCUGGAUGGUCCAGUCGGCUGAGCAAUCAGAUGAGGAUGUCUUUACUGCAAGGGAACAAGCCCUCCAACGGCUUGAGUCGACUUCUCCCCGGCCAGCGCAUGACGAAGAGGUCACUGCUGCAUCUCCUCUUCCAUCCAAGGUAUCCGGAAUCGAGUUGCACGAUGACCAGGAAAUGGUUGCAACGUUGACUCAAGCGGCUGUCUGGGCAGACUCGUUUUACGAUGAAGAUUCAUUCAUCCAUGACCUCCCAAAACCCGGACUCCCUCAAUCACCCGCUGGCAGUGAUCGCUCAUCUCUGCGCAGAAUGACCACGGACGACUAUAAUGUUCUUGUACAAACCAUGGCCACAGCGCCAGACUCAGAAGAAGAUACCUACCAAGACGACGAGGAGGUCAUGGAAAAGCACGAACGCGAGUUGUCUUCAUGGAGAUCAAAACAAGAUUCUUCCAACAUGCUGUCCAAACAAGCACAACAGCCGGCAGAGCAAGACAUCUUCAAGCCACUCCCAAAAUACCGCAAGACGAAGCUCUCUCAGUCGGUCAAUGAAGUACCGCCCAGCAGGUCGUUGAGGGCGUUACCUGCAGACGACCCAGACGAUGAUAUCCCACUUGACCAGCUCUUCGCCCGUGACGUGGCAUUGAAGGAUAUGGCCGGUAUUCGAUUUAGUGCAUCGACGCCCAAUCUCCUUGAUCGACCAACUAUCUCGCCCAUUCAACCGCCUAGACGGCCAUUCGCAGGGGAACCACCCGCGCGAACAUACAGCAGCUCAUCGCUUCUUGGAUUGCACAAACAAAAUUCCAGCACGUCAGAUGUUGCGGAAGCCCCAAGAAAAUCACCCUUCCGCAAUACAAAUGGUAGUGGUGGUACAUUGCUGGAGCAAGCUGCACGGCAGCAAGAACGCAGGCAACAACUCAUGCGUGGUUCGAGUAGUGAUUCGACGACGUUCAGACCACUUGCAUCGACGAGCCUGCAAGCAUCUGCUUCGCCAUAUCGUAGUGCAUCACCUGCACGCCCAAGUAAUACCAGUCUCCGUGGUAUUUAUCCAAAAGAAAAUCCCGCACAGCAGCAACUUGAGCAGGUGGGCACACUCUCAACUAUGUUGAAUCACUACAUCAGCAUUGCACGCGCUGCACAACUAACAGCGCAAGAUGCAGAAGAACGUGUUGUGGCGCUUCAAACGCAACUCGAUGCAUUGAAUACCCUUGACCACAGCUUGCCUGGAUUCUUCAAUGAAAUGCAACGCACCGAAUCACCGUCACCUCUAACGAAGUCGCAACGACCCAAAUCUGAAGCCCCGUCCCUGUCACUCUCUCUGCGCAUGCCCGUCUUGCAAGCACCAAUUCCUCAACAAGGCGUACAAUCAAGUCUCAUCACACAACCAGCAAAACGGCCAGAAAGUGCCAUUAGCGCCACAAGUAGUAGCAUCUCGAAACGAUACAGACAACCACAAAUGCAAGCACACGCUUCUUUUGCAUCCGUUGGUUCUGCGAGUACGGGUUCACUGCCACCUGUUUCUCAAUCACGCUAUACGCCGCGUUUGUCCUUGAGCCCUACACAAUCGACUUGCGUGGAGACUGUUGGACAGCAAGAGAAUCAAAUGGAUGAAGAAGAGCUCUGGCAACGACUUGCCCAGCAAAAACGAAGACUUGGGAAAUCAACAUCUGCUUGAGGGUGCGGGAUCUUUUUGCGUGCAUCUUUUGUUUGUUGGCAAGAACAAAAAAUCGUCUUGUCUUUUUUCAUUUGGAUCAAUUUGCUAUCUUUCCCCGCUUCUUCAAUGCUUUGAUGCACAACACAGACGGCAGUCGUUCUUUUUUAGCUCCCACUCAUUCGUCUUUCUUAUCAGGUAGCAUGCCCAUUCAGCGUAAU